AUGAAGAAAAAAAAUCGUGUAAAUCAUAGCAGCAGAGAAUGUAUAAAUAAAGCAGAUAAACAAAACUUUAUUGAGCAGGAAGAAAAUGCAGAGGACAAUAAAAUACCUGACCCUGAUUUUAACUCUAGCAUGGUCUAUUUAAAUAUAUAUGAUUUGGAUGCCGUUUCAAAAGUUGUUAAUACUGUAGCUAGAUCAGUAGGAGCAGGUGCCUUUCAUGCUGGUGUAGAGGUAUACGGAUAUGAAUACUCUUUUGGGUAUGUAGUAGAUGGUGAAACUGGCGUAACAAAAACAAGCGCUCGCUAUCAUCCUUAUCAUGUAUACCGUGAAAGUAUUCCUAUGGAAGAAGUAGAUCUACUGGUGGAAGUAAUGAAACUGCAAUGGAUAGGAGAUACCUAUGAUAUAUUAUCCAGAAAUUGUUUAAAUUAUGCCGACUAUUUCUGUAAUUUGUUGGACGUCGGCAGCAUACCCGACUGGGUAAUGAGUUUACAAAAAAAAGUCACGUGGGUAAAGUCAAACUUAAAUGUAGCAACUACCAAAUUGAAGGAACUGAACAAGGCAGCUGGAAUACCGACUGUUAUAAAUUAUAUAAAGAAAAAGUACAAUGAAAACAGUGAUGAUUACGAAGGAUUUAAAGUUACUGUGAAAUCAUAG